AUCUAAACCCACCGAGAAACCCUUACCCAAGCCUCUUUCUUGCAUGAUGGACCAAAUCAGUCAAAUUUCCACCUCCUUCAAACCCCAAUAAUAUUAAUCUUCAUUUCUUGUUAUUUUUGAAGCAAGCUCAAUUUAAUGGAAGAAUCAAGAUUGACCCUUGUUACAACUAAGCCUUGUUUUGGCCUUCCCACUGCUUGCCCCGAUUGCUUGCCUGUCUACUUCUAUCUCAAAUUUGCUCGUCUUCCUUUUGAUUUGUGCUUCCAUUCUACCUUUCCUGAUUCAGAUCAAAUUCCAUAUGUUGAGUCUGAUUCUUACGUGGCCUACAACAAUGAGAAUGGCGGGGUCAUCAAUCGCUUAAGAGAAGAUGGUAUUGUUGAUUUGGACUCUGAUUAUCACACUAUCCCAGAAUGGAUAUCAAUGAAGGCGAUGGUUAGCAGCUGGCUUGUGGAUGCCCUUGUAUAUGAGCUAUGGAUAGCUUCAGACAAAAAGUCUGUACAAAAGAUCUACUAUUCUGAUCUUGCAUGGCCCAUUGGAACUAUUCUCUACUUCAAGCAAAUUCAUGCUGUGAAGAGCCAGCUUGGAAUCACCAAUGAAAAUGCCGAGAGAAUAGAAACUGAGAUCUAUAGGAGGGCGAGUAUAGCAUAUGGAGCUCUUUCAACUCAGUUGGGAGAGGACUCUUAUCUUUAUGGAGACAGGCCUAGUAGUUUGGAUGCCUUAUUCCUUGGUCACUUGCUGAUUGCCCUUCAGGCUUUACCUGAGACAUCGGUUUUAAAGAGCAAGAUUUUGAAUUUCAGCAAUCUUGUGAAAUAUACUGAAAAGCUCAGUGCUGAGUUCAUUGACUCUUCACCAGAAUCAGCUGUUCCAGCUUGGUCAAAAGUUUCAUCAUUUGAAGGACAGCCGUCAUCUUCUACAAAAAAGCCAGGAGGCUUUUCUAACUGGAGUUCAAAGCCAAAAACUAAACCUAAAAAGGAAAGGUCAGAGGAAGAAAAGAAGUUCAGACGAAGGGCCAAAUACUUUCUAGGAGCUCAGCUAAUAUCAGUCCUCGUGUUCUUGUCACUUCUCGGUGGCUCUGAUGUUGGUGAAGUGGAAUAUGACGGAGAUGAUGAUGGUGUAGAUUAUCUCAAUUAAGUUCAGAGUAGAUUAUGAGGCUCAGCUACUCACAAUCCAUCUGACCAGUUUUUUGCCAUCAUUUUUGUAAGAUGUCGACGUAAUAACCCCCCAACCCUUGUCAGCCGUUUCUGCAUGGAAAAGACAGGAGUUUUGGUUCACAGUUGAAGGGAUUUGUUCCCAUUAUGUUUUUUUGGAAGAAAAGAGUUGAUUCAUUAUUUACAAGUAGGCUAUUCGGCUAAUCAUGUCCAGAACGAAUAUGUACACUGAGUUUAAGCAGACCUGUGUUAUCAAAUUUGAUUUUUUCAAAGAUAUGAGCUGAAAGUUAAGAGGUACUC